AUAAAAUAGGAUAUAUAUAUUUUUCCUUAUUGAAUAAUCCUACCUUAUUAUCGUUCGUUAACCUUGUAAUCCAACUAUUUUUUGGAUGAUCCAAUAAUAUCCUCAAACCUUAGAGGCUAUUCUUAGUUCUUCCAAACCUUCGGGAGAUGGAAAUAAUUAAGCCAUGAAGUUUUUUCAAAUUGACACUUACACCCUCACAACAACCCAAAGACUUGCUAUAUUCUAUUAUUCCAGUCCAAAACUAGAGUCUGGUUUCGUAAUUUCAUUCCAAAAUAUCAUUCCACAUCUCUUUUUCACAGAAAAGGAAAAACCGAAAAAGGAAGAUUUUCUUUCAGGUUUUUUUUUUUUUCACCUUAUCCAAUAUAUCCACUACUCUCCAUCUUCUUAAAAAAAUCCGAUCAUUCGCGCGGCUGUUAGGAAGGAACCUUCCAGAUUUACCCUUUUCCUCCAUGACCACUCUUUCGAGCUUGUCUUCUCCUCCUCCUCCUCCUCCACCUUCUCUUCCGCCAUUAAACCCUAACCCAAUUCCCCAAUUCAUGUCCCCAAUGCUUCAGCCUUAUUUAGAGCAGCAACGUCAGCACCACCACAUCGGCCUGCCGGACACCGAUGACGACGUCGCCGACGCCGAUUCCGACAACAACAACAGCGACAGCCCUCAGAACCCUGUUUUUCAGAACGUGAGUCCUAAUCGGGGCCGUAUUAAUAAUCCUAACAAACCGAUGGAUCGCUCGUCAUCGGCGCUGCUACACGUGUCCUUCAAUCAGGACGCCGGAUGUUUCGCCACCGGAACUGAUCGUGGGUUCCGGAUUUACAAUUGCGAUCCGUUUCGCGAGCUUUUCCGCCGGGAUUUUGAUGUCGCCGGUGGCAUUGGCACCGUUGAGAUGCUAUUCCGGUGCAAUAUUCUGGCGCUAGUCGGCGGCAAGAACAAUCCGCAGUAUCCGCCUAAUAAGGUGAUGAUCUGGGAUGAUCAUCAGAGCCGGUGCAUUGGGGAGCUCGCGUUCCGGUCGGAGGUCCGAGGGGUGAGGCUCCGGAGGGAUCGGAUUGUGGUGGUGCUGGAGCAGAAGAUUUUUGUGUACAAUUUCACUGAUUUGAAACUGUUGAAUCAAAUUGAGACCAUUUCCAAUCCUAAGGGCCUCUGUGCGGUGUCUCAGGCUGCAGGGUCGUUUGUGCUUGUGUGUCCUGGCCUUCAGAAGGGUCAGGUGAGGGUUGAGCAUUAUGCAUCCAAGAAAACUAAGUUUAUUUUGGCCCACGAUUCCAGGAUUGCCUGCUUUGCCCUCUCCCAGGAUGGCCAAUGGCUGGCUACUGCUAGCACUAAGGGGACUUUGGUUCGCAUAUUCAAUACGCAUGAUGGCACACUUAUGCAGGAGGUAAGGCGGGGUGCAGAUAGAGCUGAAAUUUACAGUCUUGCAUUCUCCCCAUCUGCCCAGUGGUUGGCAGUUUCCAGUGACAAGGGCACUGUUCACGUUUUUAGCCUUAAAACCGUUGCUGGUGGCAUAGGGAGUGAAAAUUUGAGUAGUCAACCGGAACCUGAGCUUUCAAGAACUUCAUCAGGCUCGUCAUUGUCUUUUAUGAAAGGUAUGUUGUAAUUCGUGUGAAUUCUUUAAAAGCAUCAUUUUUGUUGUAGGUGGAUGGAUUUGCUUGUUGCUCUUCCGAUCAGAUAUUUGGAGUAUCUUUUAUUUUGUUCGGCAGAAAGAUCAUGAGAAGAGUUCUUCUUUAUGAUAUACUGUCUUGAUUGCAUGAUGUUUACAAGUUCAAUUUGAGUCAGGUUUUAGUCAUGUUGUUUCAUGGGGAAACUUAGUAGUUUUCAGAGGGGAAGUAAUGUUUGAGAGGGUUGUUCUGCAUUGCUGUUAGAAGCUAUCUGAACUUGGUCAUGUAUGAAUGACUGUAUAACUCCGUUGCAUUUUAUUUGAUUCUAAGUCUCAUGCACAGAAAUUGCAAUUUGCAACAGCUACCGAUUCAUAGCUUAAGAAGGUGGUCACAGUUGUGUUGUCGAUAUCAUCCUAGAAUACGUCUCCUUGUGACAUUUUUCAAGAGAGAUAUCAACUAGUGCGCCUGAUGACCCAUUUUCUGAAACUACUAUUCUUUGGAGAAUUUGUUCUCAUUGUCCCUGCCAUAGAAUUUUGAGUGGUGUUGUGGGGUAUGUGAAGGUGUAAGAGGUUAUCUCAGAAAGCAUUUUAAUUUUUUCAAUUUGAGAAGCCUGUGGCAUUUGUUAUUCAAUGAACUACAAUCUUUUAUCCGACUGCAAUCAAUUGGAUCUGUAUUUUCACUUGUUCUGUCAUCAACCAACCAGAACUAGAGAAAGAUAAGGGGACCUUGGCUGGACAGUUUUUCUUUACGAUGGAUAGUUUAGCUGUCUUGAAUUUUUGCCUUUUACAAGAUUUAUGCUCCUAUUAAGCGUUCUGUUUUUUGUUGGGCGUCAUCAUUUGUGAGAUUUUUCUCCAACUCGGUUUUUGUUUCUCCUGUUUGACGCAGCAAACUGUUCCAGUAGUCCUAAUAAUAUUUUUACUUGUUUAGUGUUCUCUCUGUCCCUGCUUUUGUGUAUUCUAUUACGAUCAGAUAUGAUUCAUCUUACAUCGUAUUGUCAUUUGUCAUAGCAUUCUUGAGUAACACUUGCUUGUUGUGAACUAGUUGAUAUUUUGUUGUUUUCUACGGUUGAUAUUUUGUAAAUGUCCUGUAGACUGGAGCAAAGUUUAUACCUCUAGAUGCUGAAGAGUUUUGUAGUACGAUAUUAUACCUGAGGAAAUACUCAAAAUUUGCAGGUGUUUUGCCUAAGUAUUUCAGUUCAGAAUGGUCUGUGGCUCAGUUUCAUUUGCCUGAAGGAUCUCAAUAUGCCGUUGCCUUCGGGAAUCAAAACAAUACGGUGGUAAUACUUGGAUUGGAUGGAAGGUAAGAAAAUCAUUCAGCAACAAUAGAGUUAAUUUUUUAAGCCGUGAGAUCUUCAACCUUCAUUUCUAGUUCUUCACUUAAUGCUAAGCUGCGUGGUAGUGGAGUACAAUACAUAUAUAGGAUCAAUAAAAAGACUAGCAUAUUAGAUGAAUUUAGUCAUUGCACCAAUAUGCCCUUUUUUACAAGAUAUGAUAUUCUUUCUUUGUACAUGCUUGAUGCAGCUUUUACAGAUGCAAGUUUGACCCUGCCACCGGUGGAGAGAUGCUUCAGAUGGAAUACCACAAUUUUCAUAAGCCUGAGGAGGCUUUCUAGUAGAAAAUUGGAAAACUCUCCUUCAGAUGUAUAUAUAUUUUUCUACUGUAUUAUGAACUCCUUUUAUCACCAUCCUUGGGUUUAUUAUUGUAUAUUGUAAAUGCUGUAGAUAUCUGGGAUCUUUUAAUCAAAACCGAUUUAGAUGGCACCAAUCUGAACAAUUAAAAGUUUAAAACCGAUUUAGAUGGCACCAAUCUGACAUUGUUCAGAGAGUCAAAAGGACAGUGAGGAAGUAAAAAGUGCUGCUGAAUGCAUAUAAAUGGUUGGAGUGGUAACUAAUCCCGACUUUGGGCAAGAGUUUAACUAAUCAUUUAUGGUUGUCACUAUCUUGAGACAGCCAAGUUAUAUGCCAGUUAAUUUGCUUAGAAGUGUGUAUAGUGCAAUAAUUUACCAAACUUUUGAUCGUAAUGUGGCUUCAGAUAACAUAAAAUGCAAUGCUU